AUGGCGUCGUCACGGCCGGAGACGGCGGGGGGAGCUCUAUGGAGUAAGCUGCAGGGGCAGGUGGUGCUGGUGACGGGCGCCUCCUCCGGCAUUGGCCGCGAGUUCUGCCUCGACCUGGCGCGCGGGGGCUGCCGGCUCGACGUCGCUGCCGGCGAGUCGUUCGUCGAGGCCGCGGUGCAGAAGGCGUGGGACGCCUUCGGCCGCGUCGAUGUCUUGAUCAACAACGCAGGUGUACGAGGAGGUGUGCAUUCGGCGUUGGAUUGGCCGGAGGACGAGUGGGAUAAACUCAUGAAGACCAACCUUCGGGGAGUAUGGCUCGUGGCCAAGCAUGUGUGCAGACGCAUGCGUGAUGCCAAGCUCAAGGGUUCGGUGAUAAACAUUUCGUCUACUUCCGGUCUUGAUGGUGGGAUCACACAUGGCUCCUUGGCAUACUCAGCCUCCAAGUCUGCCGUGCACUCUGUCACAAAGCUAAUGGCUUUGGAAUUAGGAGCACAUGGCAUUAGGGUGAACACGAUUGCGCCAGGAAUCUUCAAGUCGGAGAUAACUGCUCCCUUAUUGCAAAAGAGGUGGCUGAACGAUGUCGUGUCAAAGAUUGUGCCACUUAAGAAAAUUGGUACUCCUGAUCCAGCGUUGACGUCGCUGGUUCGUUUCCUGAUCCAUGAAACUUCGUCGUAUAUAAGUGGCAACAUAUUUGUUGUAGACUCAGGCCUCGUCCUGCCUGGUGUCCCAAUAUUCUCUUCUCUGUAA